AUGUCGUUAUCUACACUUGAAGAUUUCGAAAAAUUUAUAGAAAUCUUUCCCAAUUUAUAUAGAGCCACGUUCAAUCUUCAAUUCGGACCUUUACAAUGUCCAGUUUCUGUGUUCCUUAUUAACGUUGAACCAUCCAACAAUACUUGGAUUUUAAUAGAUACCGCAGAUCCUAAUAACAUUUCGAAACUUUUCACAGCUUUAUCUCAACAUUUUUCAAAAUUUCCGAAUUAUCAACUUAAAUAUAUUUUAUUAACUCACGGUCACUUUGAUCAUACUGGAUCUAUCUCAAGAUUAUUAAAUGAACAUAAAGAUUUAAAACUCGUUUUAGGUGAACCAGAAUCUUUUCAUACAAAUUACAAACAUAUGAAUGGUAAUUCUCAUACACAACACUUAGCAACCGCUGAAGGGAAAAUAGCAAUUGAUAAAGAUAGAAUUAUAAUGAUAAAGCAAGGGAAAGAAGAUGAAUUCGAAUUUUUUAAUGUUUUAAAACCUACCUUUAUCGCUGAUCAUACUUUAGAAUUUGUUUCCAAUGAUAUAGGAUCAAUAUCUUACCUUCACAUUCCAACAAAUUGUAUAAUGGUUGGAGAUAGUUUAGUUAAUCUUUCAGCCUCACAAUAUUCCGAACCAGUGAUCUCUUUACCAUUUACAGCCACCACCUCUCAUUUAAAUAAUGUUAAAGAAUCCAUCAAGAAAAUUGCAAAGUUGGAAGAUGUCAAGAUUGUAUUUCCUACGCAUGAUCAUAGUCAAAAUGGUCUUAGUAUAAACGAUGUCAGAGCAUUUGCCAACACAUUGAAGGCAUAA